CGACAGGUGUAUUUAGGUGCAUCCACAACCAAUGGGCUUCCACCUGUGAACUCCACACAGGUGCAGCAGCUAUAUAAAGUGUCACAUAAACUAAACGCAGUGUUCACUCUGGGUCUGAAUCCACACUGCAGGUCUAUCUGUGACCUAAAGAAAGACAGAAUCAAUCUGGAAGUGGCUCAAAUCCACUCAGAGUGAGUAAAAGUUCCUGAUGGAGAACCCAGCAUUUGAGAAAUCUAAAGAUGAGCCUCCACAGUACGAGGAGACGUCUUUCAGCAGCAACGGUUUCAAAAACGGAGAGCAUCACGCCGUCCGGCUGUCAGUAGUCAGUGCUUUUGGGCACAACACUCUAGACCGCGUUCCUAAUAUUGACUUCUAUCGUAACGCUGCGAGUAUCAGUGGACACCGAGCAGUGAGACCCUCACUACAACAGCUGCAUGAUGUUUUUCAGAAGAGCGGAGGCCUUCAGAACACGGUUGAGGACAGAGAAACGGGCAACAUGGGCGAUGUGGAGUCUGUUAUCCCACUGGAGGGCAAGGAUGAAGGAGGGGUGGUUAAAUUCGGUUGGAUCAAAGGAGUUCUGGUCAGAUGCAUGCUGAAUAUUUGGGGUGUCAUGCUCUUCAUACGCCUCUCAUGGGUGUUUGGUCAAGCAGGAAUAGGUUUGGGGAUAGUAGUUGUCCUAUUGAGUGUGGUGGUCACCAGUGUCACCUGUCUGUCAAUGUCAGCUAUAUGUACCAACGGCGUGGUACGAGGAGGUGGAGCGUACUACCUCAUAUCCCGCAGUCUGGGCCCAGAGUUUGGCGGCUCCAUCGGUCUAAUCUUUGCGUUCGCUAACGCUGUGGCUGUGGCUAUGUAUGUGGUGGGCUUUGCUGAAACAGUGGUGGAUCUGCUCAAGGAAAAUAAUGCCAUCAUCGUAGAUCCAGUGAGUGACAUCAGAAUUGUCGGCUGUAUUACUGUAGUUCUGCUGCUGUGCAUCACUGCUGCGGGAAUGGAAUGGGAGGCAAAGGCUCAGAUAAUUUUGUUGGUAAUCUUGUUGGUGGCCAUCGGCAAUGUGUUUGUGGGAACCGUGAUUCCAUCUACACAAGACAAACUUUCCAAAGGCUUUUUCAACUAUCAAGAAUCCAUUGCAAAGGAAAACUUUAUUCCGGACUUCCGUGAUGGAGAAACUUUCUUCUCUGUUUUUGCCAUAUUUUUCCCAGCAGCCACUGGGAUUCUGGCUGGAGCAAACAUUUCCGGAGAUCUGGCGGACCCUCAAGACGCCCUGCCCAAAGGCACUCUGCUCGCUAUCUUUAUAACAGGAAUUACGUAUCUGGGCAUCGCACUGUGUGUUUCUGUCACAGUCGUUCGAGAUGCGUCUGGUAACCGUAACCACACGAUUACACCAGGAUCGAGUUGUAACUUCUCCUCAGCCUGUGACUUUGGCUACGACUUCUCUAUCUGUCAGACCACCAAAUGCAACUAUGGCCUGAUGAACAACUUUCAGGUCAUGACUCUGGUGUCUGGAUUCGGUCCUCUCAUCACUGCAGGAACAUUUUCUGCCACUCUCUCCUCGGCUCUUGCGUCUCUCGUGAGUGCGCCCAAAGUCUUUCAGGCUCUGUGUAAAGACAACAUCUACAAAGGUCUGCAGUUCUUUGCUAAAGGUCAUGGGAAAAACAACGAGCCAAUCAGAGGCUAUGUCUUGACCUUCAUCAUCGCAGUGGCAUUCAUCCUCAUCGCUGAGCUCAACACUAUUGCUCCAAUCAUCUCCAACUUCUUCCUGGCCUCAUAUGCACUCAUCAACUUCUCUUGCUUCCACGCAUCAUAUGCUAAAUCACCAGGUUGGAGGCCAGCGUAUAAAUACUAUAACAUGUGGCUAUCUCUCUUCGGUGCUGUGCUUUGCUGUGGUGUGAUGUUUGUGAUAAACUGGUGGGCGGCUCUGCUCACUUACGGCAUUGAGUUCUUCCUCUAUAUCUAUGUUACCGUAAAGAAACCGGAUGUCAACUGGGGUUCGUCCACUCAAGCAGUGACGUUCAUAAACGCUGUGAACAAUGCUUUGACUUUAUCAGGCAUAGACAAUCACAUCAAGAACUUCAGACCACAGUGUCUGGUGCUGACAGGAUCUCCAAGAACUAGACCAGCACUGCUGGACAUCGCACAUUCAUUCACGAAGAAUUAUGGGCUGUGUCUAACCUGUGAGGUGUUUGUGCGUCACCAUGAUAAGAAUAUGCGAGAAAUCAGUGCUGCUGUUGAACAGAAUCAGCUGUGGCUAAAUAAACACAAGCGGAAAGCGUUCUAUACAGCCGUCACCAGUGACAAUCUUCGAGAUGGAUUAGAAAAGCUGCUACAGGCAUCAGGUCUCGGCAGAAUGAAGCCUAACACAGUGAUGGUGGGAUUUAAGCGUGAAUGGAGAACAGCCAAACCACAGGACGUUCAGAGCUAUGUGGGAAUUCUACAUGAUGCAUUUGAUUUCGAGCAGGGGACAGUGAUACUCAGGAUCAGUCAGGGGAUGGACAUCUCACAAAUACUCAAAGCAGAAGAAAUGGAGCGCUUGAUCUUGGAGCAGCAGGCACUGGAGAUGGAGGAGGACAACUUUCAGAUGCAGGGAGUGAAAGGGUUCUUCAGGAGGCCCAAAAAAUCCUCCAAAAAAGAGCUGACCAGCAGAGUUUCUCUGGAUAUUCCCCAAGCAUCAAAUCUGGCUAAAAUGAACCAGCGUUUGGUGGAGGCCAGCAGCCAGUUUAAGAAGAAACAGGGCAAAGGGACGAUUGACGUGUGGUGGCUGUUUGACGACGGAGGUCUAACGCUGUUGCUGCCUCACAUUCUGACCACUCGCAAGAAAUGGAAGGACUGUAAAAUGCGUAUCUUCAUCGCUGGGCAACCUGAACGAAUGGAGCAGGACAAAGAGGAAAUGCAGUCCCUUCUGAAGAAAUUCCGGAUCAAGUGUGACGACAUCAAAGUUAUUGCAGACAUCAAUGCCAGGCCAAGCACUGAGAGCUGGAAAGCAUUUAAGGACAUGAUCGAGCCAUUCCGUCUGCAUGAGGGAUCAAAGGAGACGACUCAUGCUGAAGCUCUGAAAAAAGAACAUCCCUGGAAGAUCACAGAUGCUGAACUUGAUGCCUUUGAAGAAAAGACUAACCUGCAGGUGCGUUUGAACGAGCUUCUCCAGGAGAGCUCUCGAGCAGCUAAACUUGUUGUGGUGAGUAUGCCCAUCGCUCGUAAAGGCUCCGUCUCUGAUCAUCUGUAUAUGGCCUGGAUGGACGUGCUCACGAAGAAUCUACCACCGACCGUCCUGAUUCGAGGAAACCACAAGAGUGUGCUGACUUUCUAUUCCUGAGCUGCACACAAACACAAUAACACUUUAAUAAACACCUUUGCACAAUGCACAGACACUGCCAACACACACACACACACACACACACACACACACACAGAGAGAGAACACACUUUCUAUGUUCAAAACAGCAUAAUACCAAACAACUCAUACUUUAUUGUGUGCAGUCUGUGAGGAAUGAAUUGGCUGAAUAUGAACUGAAUAUCUGCUAUAAUUUUUUACAUCUUUUUCUUGAUUUUUAUUUCAUCGAAUAAGACAUUUUCACACAAAAUUGGAUAAAAGAUAUAAAAUAAUAAUUUGAAUUUCUGAGAUGAUUACUAGAUGUCACUUACUAAAACAUGCAACAUAAAGAGGUCAUGUGACAAUGUAACACACUGCUGUUUGAAAUAUUUGUUGUUGCAUACUGUUUCACAUACUAUUUGCCAAAAAUAGUGCACAAUGUGCAGUGUAUACUGCGAAAUAAUAAGUACUCUAGAAUUCCAUUCUGAACAGCCAUAAUCAACACUAAGCAUACACUAUAGAACGUAUAUUCUCCCCUCUAUUGAAAAUAUGUAGUUAAAGUUGAAGUAGAUAUGGGUACACAUAGCCAUUCUUUUGUACAUUCACUAACGGUCCAUUAUGAUAUUAUCUUGCCAAUCCUAUUUAUAGUUAUGAAGUACUGGGAAAGACUUUGUGUUCUUGAUAAUUAAUAAAUACAUUUUGAAAAACACAGCUCAAGAAA